AAAAACUGGAUUUACAGAAGAAGAAAGAACAUCCUUUUUGAAAUGACAGAAAGGGGUACCGCUUUUUUUCUUUUUAAAGGGAAAACGUAGUUGUUGGAAAUUUGCAAAUCAUUUUUCUGAUUCAUUCUCAUAGAUGUGACCAACAAAAAUAUAAAGUUGUAACCGCGUACGUCUUAAAUCCGUUAUAUUCAACCAUUCGCAGGCUAACGGCUAGCUGUGUUGGCAGUUGGUUAGCUUCAGUUUCUAUCCGAAAAGCAGAAUAAAACAUCGAUGUGACCAGAAAAACCUUUGUCUGAAGUGGACAACCAAGGCACAGGUAAGCUUUUCAGACGACUUAUAAAAUCCUAGGUUAAUUUUUUUGAUUAUUCAGUGAUAGGAAAGUCAAAAAAACUGAAACCAGUUGGUCUUAAAUGUCAGUAGUCAUCCUCCAAGUAUCAAGGAAAAAGGGAAAACAAGUUCUUAUAUGUCAAUAGUUGCUGCUGGUGAAUAAUGGAAGUUCUGCUUGAAGACGACUUAGGCAAUUAAUCGGUUGUGAAACUCAAUAUUAUUGUUCGAUUAACAUUAUGAACACCCAAGCAAUCUAAUACAACCAAUUUUAAUUAUACGUACCCGAAGAUUCUACCUGCAUAGGCAAUGACUGUUCUUUAACUUAACUGUUAAAAGUGUUGGUGGGUGUUUGUGCUGGUGAGCAUUAUAUUGAAAAGUAUAAUAUCUUGAGCCCUCAUGUUUGUUGAGGUAGUAGAUAAAAUAUAAGAAACACUACCAGUCCCCACUCCAUCAUAAAUAAUAAAUAGAUUACAUAAUAGAUUACAACACUGAAAAUUAAAAAGCUUCUUAAAGUUGAAUUUGUUGUAGAGCUGUUGUGUUGGUUUGCAUUAUUUUGGCUUAGCCAGUGUAAGUGUUAUCAAUUUGUCUAUGAGUAGAUCUAAUACAGGAGGUCUCACACCAUAACAAAAACACACAAGCAGAUCAUAUAACAAUAUUCAGAAUCAUAACAGAGGACCUCUUGAUUAUGCUAAUGUUAAUCUCUGUAUUGCUCCCACAUUAAUCCUCAGGCUACAAGGCUACUAAUCUUGUGCAAAGCUUUUUUUGAAGCAAAUAUGUAUGUUUUUUAGAGGUCAUGGAGGGGGUUGAGAUGGAUAUGGGAUUGUCAGACAUCAGAGGGUCUGUUACGGAGGUUGAAAAUGGAAGAGAGGAAAAAUUCGAGAAAACAAAUCAUAGUCAAGGUGAGUAUGAAACUAUCUCAGCUGAAAAGUAAUGAUGUUGGUUUGUAACACAGUUAAUCCAAAUUGCCUAUGAAAGGCUGUUAGCCACUUGUAAUAGUUUGAUUCUCAUGUGCUGUGCUGUAAAAAGGCCUUGAUAUCUUAAAGUGUGAAGAUAAACUUUACUCUUUAUGUUGUCAUAGUGGUGCAUUUUUGCUCUGAAAAGUGGAUGCCUAUCAAAGGAUUCUGACUCUCCCUCUUUUUAUUGAGAUAUUUUUUGCUAUUUCAAACUGUCCAUAAAUACCUGUAUAUUUCUUUGCAGAUAAUAUGCAUCAGUCUGCCGAGCCAUGUGUGUCCUCUUCCUCCACAAUCAAAACUCUCUGUAACAAGAGACAAAGGGAGACUGACUAUGACUUUCUCAGUCAUGCAAAAAAAGCUGUGGUGGUUUUGACCAGACUCCCUGAUCACAAGAUCAGCGCUCUGCGACCACCAACGCCCCCGCAGUUCUACAGUGAAGAUGAUUCCUUAAACACCUCUGAAUCUGAUACGCAGUGGGAACCAGAAAAUGAUUUAAUUUGCUGGAAUUCCUCAAAGUCUAAAAAGACUACACGGAAAAAUGGGAGAAAUACAAGAAUAAAAAGAGAACCUGCACAACAGAACAAUAACAUAGGUAAUGAAACAACAAUUAUCACUCGCUUCCAGGUGAAUUUCAGGAUGUGAUGGUCCAGUUUGUUACUCUUCCACUGAUUCUGUAACCACACAUUACAAAGACAGACAAAAUUGUUGGGGUCCGUGUGUGAAUGUGAGAUUGUAUUUUUUUUUUCUGUCCGUCAAAUUUCAGACUUCAAAAGGUGUGAAGAACUUCAUGGUGAGGCAUAAAUAGACCAGUGACCAAACAUUCAUGUUUCGAACUUCCACUUGCUUAAUGUAAUCAUGUUGUUCUUUCCCACCUUGUCAGAACCAGCACCCAUUAUCAUAUCAACAGCAUUUGCGCUUUGCUCGGAUGAAACCAGAAAUGUCCGACCUGACCUGCCGGAAGAAGAGGUUUCUGUGGGCAUGAUGGUCCUGGCCAGGAAAAAGCACAUGAGAUGGCAACGUGGAACAAUAGUUGAAAUACUAACAAAGGGUAAAAAUUUAAAACUUUAUGGAACACAAGCACUGCAAAUGUUUGAAGAUGUUCAUGUCUGUAACCUGUAGUUUAUCUACAAUAUAUUUAAGUAAAAAUGUCAAGCUAAUCCAUUGGGUAUUCUUUUGCCAAAAAUGUUUAUAUUGAGUUUUAUUUUAUUAAUCCAGCAAGGUCUGUAUUUGCUGGUUGCAGUUCCACAAAUGUAAGACAUAUUUUCACCUUAUUUUCUCAGUCACUUCUCCCUUGUUGUACAGGAUGACAACUAAUACAACUAAUAGCCCCCCGCUAUUGGCCCCUUUUCCCUCUCAUUUCAUCCUGAGGCUUAACUUAUCGGCUUGCUGAUAACAAAAGUUAUAGCAUUUUGCACUUCAGUGUUAUUUCUGUGGAUUAUAACAGGUUCAGAUUUAUACUUCUGCUAUUGAUUAGCAGCAGCAAUGAGGCAAAAAAAGACAGACAGUCACAGGUAAUUUACCAACUUCAUUCUUUGAUAAUCUGUUAUUUGCAGAAAACGGACACUUGAAGUACAAAGUCAGCUUUGAAGAAAAGGGGAAGAGUCUCGUGUCUGGUCAUCACAUUGCCUUUGUCACCACACCGAAGCUGGAGCAGCUGUAUGUGAGUGCUCGUGUGGUGGUCAGCUGCCCAGAAAACAAGUCCCAUUUCCAGACUGGUAUUUUGGCAGAGCUCCCCAGCAGGAGGAAUCGCCUAAGGUUUGUUAAAUCGAAUUGUAUACAUCUGUCUACUUACUGCAAUUCUUGAACCUAAUGCCUCAUAAAGUUGGAUGUGAAAUCAAAACAUAUUUCAUUUUUCAGGUUUUUGGUCUUCACUGACAAUCAUGUGCCACUCUAUGUUGGUUUACCUUCACUUCACCUGGUGUGCAGACCAUGUAAGUUCAGAUGUUUGCUGUUAUUUUCUUGGUCUUUAAUUAGCUGUGCAACUAGGGCUGAAAGAUAAAUUGUUUAAACAUCAAAAUUGCAAUGUUAAAACGAUAUAUCACAUCACAGUCCUGAGUCCACAGUCCACAUAUCAGUCCUGACCUGACACACAUCAUAAAAGGAGAGAGGCUGAAACUGCAUGCUACCCCAAACAUAUGCUAGACAGCUUUCCAGAGUAAUGAAGUGUGACACACCCUUUCUUUAUUUCUUCCUUUCUUUUUUUAUCUUGACAGUGAAAAACUCUUUGAACGACCUUCCAGACAGCCCACACAAAUCUUUUAUGACUCGGUACCUGAAGGACUGGCCAUAUCCACAUUUAACCCAGUACAAGGCUGGACAGAGCAUUAAUGUUGAAUUGGACGAUGUCCAGCAGAAGUGUGAGGUAUUGGUGGUGGACUCUAGCUUGAUACAGGUCAUUUUUCAGGUACGUAACAUCCUGACCACUGCUUUAUUUUGACUUUCAGUACAAAUUUCUACAUGUAUCUAUUUGUUCAGAUUUUUGCUGAACCUUUUUUUCUGCUACUUUCUAGGAAAGCCAACAGAAGGAGUGGGUCUACCGCGGCUCCACACGACUUGAGCACAUGACAAGAAUCCUAAAACUAAGAGAAAUUGAGGAACAAAUGAGUGAUUCUGAGUAAAAAAUCCCCUGGAAAAAAUGUUUGUCAAAUCCUCAUCUUAACUGGCAAUCACAAACCCCCAAAACUUUCAGGCUACACAAAAUCUGAAUGAAUUUGUGUGUAAAUAAAUACCUUUAUUUUUUUAAAUUUCAGUGUAUUUAAAGUUCAACAUAGUUUCUUCAGUUUGGCUGAACUCUUAAACUGCUCUUCUUUUUUUCACUUAUUAAAGAUACAAUUAAAAAUUGUCUUGGAUUAUA